GACGCUCGCCCGGGUUGCGGUGCGGAGCGUGCCCCUCGGGUUCCCGUCCUGUCCCCGUUUGUCAGAACGCGCGUCUCCAGGCCGCUCCGCGGACACGCAGAGCACCCGCCGCCCGCGCUCUGCGCCGCCCACAGGGUUGGAUCGCGUGGGGCUCCCGCGGAAGCUCAGCACGGCGGAGGCCAGGUCUGAGUCUCCAGGCAUCAGGACUGCAGCCUGAGUCUCAAGGUGGUAGGGUGUCAGUGGACCGCCAGACAGAUUUGUUUGUUGGCUGCCUGCUUGGUUUGCUGUGUUCUGUGUUGGCGAUGGCUGCUAGUUUCCCACAGGAUAUCUUGGUGGAAUUUGUAACCCAGGAAGUAGCAACUGAGUGCCUGGGAUGCUGAUUCGAGGCUGCUGUGUGCUUUGAGGUCCCUGAACAGCCUGGGCCACCAUGGACCCAGACCCCCAGGCAGGUGUGCAGGUGGGCAUGCGUGUGGUGCGUGGCGUGGACUGGAAGUGGGGCCAGCAGGAUGGAGGCGAGGGCGGCGUGGGCACGGUGGUGGAGCUCGGCCGCCAUGGCAGCCCCUCGACCCCCGACCGCACAGUUGUUGUGCAGUGGGACCAAGGCACGCGCACCAACUAUCGUGCCGGCUACCAGGGCGCCCACGACCUGCUUCUCUACGACAAUGCACAGAUCGGCAUCCGCCACCCCAAUAUCAUUUGUGACUGCUGUAAGAAGCACGGGCUGCGGGGCAUGCGGUGGAAGUGCCGCGUCUGCUUCGACUACGACCUCUGCACGCAGUGCUACAUGCACAACAAGCACGACCUCACCCAUGCCUUUGAGCGCUAUGAGACAGCCCACUCACGCCCUGUCACUCUGAGUCCCCGCCAGGGCCUCCCUAGGAUCUCACUAAGGGGCAUCUUUCAGGGAGCGAAGGUGGUGCGAGGCCCCGACUGGGAGUGGGGCUCACAGGACGGAGGGGAAGGGAAGCCAGGCCAUGUGGUGGAUAUCCGUGGCUGGGAUGUGGAGACAGGCAGGAGCGUGGCCAGCGUGACAUGGGCAGAUGGAACCACCAACGUGUACCGUGUAGGCCACAAGGGCAAGGUGGACCUCAAAUGUGUAGGAGAGGCAGCUGGCGGGUUCUACUACAAGGAGCAUCUCCCGAGGCUUGGCAAGCCAGCAGAGCUACAGCGCAGGGUGAGUGCUGACAGCCAGCCCUUCCAGCGUGGGGACAAGGUCAAGUGUCUGUUGGACACAGAUGUCCUGAGGGACAUGCAGGAAGGCCACGGCGGCUGGAACCCAAGGAUGGCGGAGUUUAUCGGACAGACGGGCACCGUGCACCGCAUCACGGACCGGGGGGACGUGCGUGUGCAGUUCAACCACGAGACCCGCUGGACCUUCCAUCCUGGGGCUCUCACCAAGCACAACUCCUUCUGGGUGGGAGACGUGGUCCGGGUCAUCGACGACCUUGAUACCGUGAAGAGACUGCAGGCUGGACACGGAGAAUGGACGGACGACAUGGCUCCUGCCUUGGGCCGCAUUGGGAAAGUGGUGAAAGUGUUUGGAGAUGGGAACCUUCGUGUGGCAGUUGGCGGUCAGCGGUGGACCUUCAGCCCCUCCUGCUUGCUGGCCUACCGGCCUGAGGAGGACGCCAACCUGGAUGUGGCUGAACGAGCCAGGGAGAACAAAAGUGCGGCACCAGCCCCGGUGACCUGUGGGAGGCAGGGCGGCCCCUGGCCAGCACUUACCUCAGCCCUGCCCCCAGGCUCACUGAGUGUGGCCCUGGACAAGCUACGGGCCCAGAAGAGUGACCCGGAACACCCAGGGAGACUGGUGGUGGAGGCUGCACUGGGCAAUGUGGCCCGGGCUCUGGACCUGCUGCGGAGGCAUCCCGAACAGGUGGACACUAAGAACCAGGGCAGGACUGCCCUGCAGGUGGCUGCCUACUUGGGCCAGGUGGAGCUGGUGCGGCUGCUGCUGCAGGCAAGAGCAGGUGUGGACCUGCCAGACGACGAGGGCAACACCGCAGUACAUUACGCAGCUCUCGGGAACCAGCCUGAGGCUGCUCGGGUGCUCCUGAGUGCAGGGUGCGGGGCAGAUGUUCUCAAUGGCAGCCGGAGCACAGCGCUGCACGUGGCUGUGCAGAGAGGCUUCCUGGAGGUGGUAAAGAUCCUGUGUGAGCGUGGCUGUGACGUCAACCUUCCCGAUGCCCAUGCUGACACACCUCUGCACUCCGCCAUCUCUGCGGGCAUCGGUGCCAGUGGCAUCGUUGAGGUCCUCACCGAGGUGCCAGGGAUCGAUGUCACUGCCACCAACAGCCAGGGCUUCACGUUGCUGCACCAUGCAUCCCUCAAAGGCCAUGCGCUAGCUGUCAGGAAGAUCCUGGCACGAGCUCGGCAGCUGGUGGACGCCAAGAAGGAGGAUGGGUUUACUGCACUGCAUCUGGCUGCCCUCAACAACCACCGUGAGGUGGCCCAGAUCCUCAUCCGAGAGGGUCGCUGUGAUGUGAAUGUGCGCAACCGGAAGCUCCAGUCCCCUCUGCACCUGGCUGUGCAGCAGGCUCACGUGGGACUGGUGCCACUGUUGGUGGACGCUGGCUGCAGUGUCAACACUGAAGACGAGGAGGGAGACACAGCCCUGCACGUGGCACUGCAGCGGCAUCAGCAGCUCCCCUUGGUGGCUGACAGGGCUGGGGGGGACCCAGGGCCCUUGCAGCUGCUGUCCAGGCUACAGGCCUCAGGCCUCCCGGGCAGCGCAGAGCUGACGGUGGGCGCAGCAGUGGCCUGCUUCCUGGCGCUGGAGGGCGCAGACGUGAGCUAUGCCAACCACCGUGGCCGGAGCCCACUGGACCUGGCCGCUCAGGGCCGCGUGCUCAAGGCCCUGCAGGGCUGUGCCCAACGUUUCAGGGAGAGACAGGCAGGCAGCGGUGGGGGCACGACCCCGGGCCCCAGGCACGUGCUCAGCACCCCCAACACCGUGACGAAUCUGCACGUGACCGCCAACGUGGGGCCGGAGGCCGCUGAGUGCCUGGUAUGCUCAGAGCUGGCGUUGCUGGUUCUGUUCUCACCGUGCCAGCACCGCACCGUGUGCGAGGAGUGCGCACGCAGGAUGAAGAAAUGCAUCAUGUGCCAGGUGGUCAUCAGCAAGAAGCUGCGCCCAGGUGGGUGGGGGCUCGGCGCACCCCUCCCGGUCGUCCCCAAGGCUCAUACCGGACAGCCUUUGGCUGAGCCCCACCCCAUCCUGUGCCCCACAGAUGGCUCGGAGGUGGCCAGUGCGGCCCCUGCGCCCGGCCCGCCGCGGCAGCUGGUGGAGGAGCUGCAGAGCCGCUACCGGCAGAUGGAGGAGCGCAUCACCUGCCCGAUCUGCAUCGAUAGCCACAUCCGCCUUGUGUUUCAGUGCGGCCACGGCGCGUGCGCGCCUUGCGGCGCUGCGCUCAGCGCCUGCCCCAUCUGCCGCCAGCCCAUCCGCGACCGCAUCCAGAUCUUCGUGUGAGCGCGCGGCGCGCCCGGCCUGACCCCAAGCUCCCUUCGCACCCCGAGUGUUUUAUAA